UUGCCUUGGGGCCGAAAUGACUUGGAGAGCUGCAGACGAGCACUAAAACAUUUUAUGGGAAAGAAGUCAGGCAAAGUGGAGCAGACGCAUCAGGAGUGGAAACUGAACUGACACUCAUACUUUGAAAAGAGAGACAAGGAGUCUACGCUUCCUGCCAUAACAGGCUAUCUGGUGAAGAACCGAGGAUGACAGAGGCCCCUGCACCCACACUGGGGACUCCAGAGGCCAGCUCAUCUAUGCUCAGCCCAGGUCAGAACACUGUCCCUGUGAUGGAGGACGAAGCGGAGGAGCACUGUCUGGAGCAAGUCCAGUCUAUGGUGGUGGGCGAGGUGCUGAGUGACGUCAACGAGGCUUGCAAGCUGCUCAACAUUGCACCAGACCCUCUAGACUGGAGCUGCAUGCACGUUUACAAGUGGCUGCUGUGGACUGAGCACCUGUACAAACUGCCACAGAUCAGCCUGCUCUUCAAUGAGCUGAACGGGAGGGAGCUAUGCUCUCUGACAGACACCGACUUCAGACAACGCUCCUCACAGUAUGGAGACAUGCUCUAUGCUCAUCUUGACAUCUGGAGAUCAGCUGCAGCAAUGAAGGAGCAGUGUCCACCAGAAGCAAAGUUUGCAAAUGACAACUCGUGGUGCAACUACUCGAGUCAGCCCAUCCACUUGUGGCAGUUCCUCCGAGACCUGCUCCUCAAGCCACAUAACUACAGCCGCUGUAUCCGCUGGCUCAACAAAGAGAAAGGAAUUUUCAAAAUUGAAGACUCGGCGUAUGUGGCCAGGCUAUGGGGCAUCAGGAAAAACCGUCCAGCAAUGAACUACGAUAAACUGAGUCGCUCUAUACGUCAGUACUACAAGAAGGGCAUCAUCCGAAAACCUGAAGUGUCUCGCAGACUGGUCUACCAGUUUGUUAUCCCAGUAUGAGCAAGAAUGACUUAGCCUGUCGGACGCAAAGAUGCCGAAGGAUGAAAAUGAAGAUAUGAUGGACAUACGCCGAGGAAACUGACAAACACGGGAGCUCCUUCAUGUAUUCGCUCUUUUAUUUCAAUUGUAAAGCCUGACUGACAAAAUGUGCACUUCUGCCUUAUAUAAUCUCUGGUAAAAGAUGAAUUCAUUUUUAAAUGUAUAUUUUGCUUCCAGUUUUUAAAUAAAUUAUUAGGUUGAGGGAAGAGAAAUAUUACAAUUAACGUUGUUCCAAUGAAAGGGACUAAAAACUGUUUUCUUGGUUCAUCAUGCAUGAGGAAUUUUGAGUUUUGGAAGGCAGAAGUAAAAUCUUUACUAGUUGCCAGGCAACUGCUAAAAACAAUUAGAGCUCCUCUACAUUUAUGAUAAAGAAGAAGGUGGCGGCUAAUUUGACACAUUAUUUUUCAUUUUUAGCUUUCUUGAGUACUUCUUAGGUGCAGGGUAGAGUGGUCGCAACAGCUUCGAACACAUAACACAGCACCGGUGAAACGCUCUAAAUCAGUGGUGUCAAAGUCAAGACCCGCAAAUUAAUUAUCUAUGGCCCACGGUAUGAUUUUUGAUUAGUAUUAGAACCGGCCCGCAGGUCACAGUCGCUUGCUGCUAUUUUGCACGCACUAAUACUCCAUCAGUGUUGGCGCUAGGAAUUUCCCAGAGACCCCAUUAGGUCAUAAAAGUGGGAUCCCCCAGUAAAUCUUUGUGGUCCCACUUUUUUGUAAGGAUUUUGAAAACCAAUCAUAAAUGUAUGCAUUAUCCUGUUAGAGCUCACAUUCUAUAUUGUGUUUUGGAAAAGGGUUGUCAUAAAUGUUACUUAAUUUGGAAAAAAAAUACAAAAGAAAACAAUUUUUUUAUGCAUAUGUAAAUUUAUUGAGUUAUAAACAUUCAUUCAUAUUCUUCUUUCCUUCAUGGAUCAAAAC